UUAGGUUAGAAUACAGCACGGCUUGCAUUGUUUUCAGACCGAAAGCUUUUUCUGAUUUAAUUCACACUUUGACUGAUAAUGCUAGCGAGGCGACUGGUACUCACACGCGGUAAACAACUGUGCAAGCAUUCAAGCUUUCUGGAUGACGCACUCGCUCAGAUAGCACGUAGUUACAGCAUAGAGCAUGAAAAACGACAACACGAGUGGCGAGAAAAUGAGUUGAAUUCGGUAAUGCCCAAACCCGGAGAUGACCCGGAGAAACCCAAGAAAUUCGUCUGGUUUCCCACGGCCGCUCUCAAAGAGACUGACUUAGCCUUCGGUAAUGUCUUAAAAUGGUUUAAGCACAAUAAGGUCGAAUAUAUCAAAUUAACUCAGGCAUUCAAUGCGAUGAGGCACGAUAUAUUAGGCGCCAAUCUGGCCACCGCUCAUUUUAUCAUUCAUCGUGGCGGCCGGAUCAGAUUCAAGGGCAACACUUACUGGACAGAACAAAACAAGAAGGGCUCAUACGAAUUACCCAACAAAUAUGAUCCAUGCUACAUCCUUGAGGCAGUGGACGUCAAUGGAUUUGAUCUGUAUUACGAAGGUCUAAGUAACUUAUGUGGUCUUACGAAACUCAAGUGGCUCAGUCUUAAGGAUUGUAAAAACAUCAAUGACUGGGGUUUAGACAAGAUCUCAGGCGAAUUUCCUGAACUGGAAUAUCUGGAUAUCUCCGGCUGUGAGAAGAUCACUGAAAGAGGCCUGGAAUCUCUGUACAGAAUGAUGAAUUUGAAGAAAUUGAUUGUAACGAAUUAUAAUAAGUCUGUCGCUUUUGAACUAAGUUGCUUCAUGUUGGAGGAUUGUAUACCAGGAUUGACUUGUGAAAUUUUUAUGCCUGGAGAAAAAUCGAAAGACUAAUACCGAAUAAAAGAUUAGAAUCAUAAUGUAGCUUCUAACUA